AUGUCUCACUCCGUGCUCCUCCUCUGCGCCCUGGGACUGCUCGCCCUCAACGUCGCCUUCUCCUCCGCCUGCUACAUCCAGAACUGUCCUAGGGGGGGCAAGAGAGCCUUGGCCGAGACUGGACUCAGACAGUGCAUGUCAUGUGGUCCUGGUGAGAGGGGGCGCUGCUUCGGCCCCAAUAUCUGCUGUGUGGAAGGCUUUGGUUGCCUACUGGGCUCCCCAGAAACAUCUCAUUGUUUGGAGGAGAACUACCUGCUCACCCCCUGUCAGCCUGGGGGGCGAUCCUGUGGAUCCGAAGGUGGUCACUGCGCCGCUUCGGGCCUCUGCUGCACCUCUGAGAGCUGUGCAGUAGACUCCUCCUGCCUGGGAGAGGCUGAGGCUCAAGAUCAGGCCCAAACCUCUGCAGGGGGCUCACCUGCAGAGCUGCUGCUGCGCCUGCUGCAUGUGGCCACCAGGGGGCAGACUGAAUACUAA